GUUAAACCACCAGUGUGUUUCUUCCAUUUGCUAGGAUGAUUUCUUCUGAAGCUGCAGAAGGUGGUAGGGUCUUGAGACAUGGUCUCUCCUUAGAAAAGUGGACCUUGUCUGUCCCAACUUGGGAAACUAUUACCCCAGUGAGGGUGGGAAUUGCCCUAAGACCUUCUCCCACCCCUGCCUUGCCCUGGGAGGAAAGAGUAGGGGUGUCAGGAACGUGGAGUGCUGCCAAGAGACGCAUACCCGAGGUACCCCAAGUCCUCUCCUGUGCUUACAACUCCCCAGCCCUCCAUCCCUUGGCUCCCAGGUAGUACCCUAGGGUGGGCAGGGUCUGAUCUGGGUACUUGGACAGCACCAGAGGCAGUCGCCACUCCCACGACCUUUAGCCCUUCUUCCUCAGUCCUCUGUUAGGUGUAUGGGGUGAGGGGGGAGGUCCAGGCUCUCUUCUUGGCCGUGCUGGACACCCUGAGGGGACUUGGCUCCAAGACAGCUCCUAAGGGUGGCCAGAGCCCUGGUGUCAGGCAGGCAAGGGUUAAAAGGUAUGGGCCGGCCCAGUCCCUGGCCAGGUAGGCUGGGCCAUUGCCUAGUGGGAGGCGGCCUAGGCAUCCGCCACUGCGCUCACCCACUUAUUGCCACUACCAGCCGGAGCAGGGCCUGGUCGAUACAACUAUUUUUUUUGAGGUACCUGAGGCCACUCCACAGCACCUCUCUGCUCUGGCAUUGGUGAGCACCUGGGAACAAUGGGCCCAGGGGCGAGGGGUGGGGGGAGAAGGGCACAGGGUGUGCUGAAGUUCCCUGCGGGAGAGAGCCAGGUCUAUGUGAGAGGCACAGCGAGGAAGGAGGGCCUGGCUAGAGGGGCGAAGCCUAAAAUGUCCAAUUUCCUUUCCUGGCAUGAAGCUAAUUCCUUGCCGGAAGUGGACGAGGGGAAGGGAUGGGGGAGAAGAGAAGCCAGCGUCCCCCUUCUCUACUCCCCGCUACUUCCUCUCCCCCUUCCUCCCCUGCAGGGGUAGCCUCUGCCCUCCUUCAACCUGGGGCCUAGCCCUCUAGGAAAGCCCAGACUGGGCUGUUGAGAAACUACUUCCCAGCACCUGCCUGGUCCUCCACACUGUUCCCCUAGAGUGAGGGCAGCAGGGGAGGACCUCUGGGGCGGUGUGGGGAACAGUCCCAGACAUUGGGAGUUUGUAUUUGCUCCGAAGGUGGCGGGAUGUGGAAAUGGGGGUCCCACUGAGGUGUUGGGGUGCCACCCAGGUGAGGUGUCUUGCUUGUAAAUAGUCAUUACAGCCAGGAAUUUCUUUCUCGGCUGUGGUGUCAGAAGGGCAGACCUGAAAAACCUGCUGGGCCCGCCUCUGGGUGUGGGGGGUGCCCUCUGCAGCUAUCUUGCUGCAGCCCAUCCUGGGACGGGACAGGGACACAGGGUCACCAGUGGGGAGACCCAGGGGCUGGUGUGGGGGUGUGUUGGGGAGGGGACUGCUGGGAUUCCCCCUUCUCACCAUCUUUGGGUGGGAACCAGGCAGUCCCAGGACCCCAGGCCAAUAUGCAGAGGGUAGGUGAGCAGAGGCAGAGGCUUGGGAGCAGGUGUGAGCGUGUUGGGGGUGUGGAGCGUGGACCCUGCCCGAUGACCCCAUGACUCAGGCCCUAGCUAUGUCCCCGAGGUCAGGCUGACAGGGUGGAGUCGGUGUUCCUGCCUGUACCCCAUGCGGACUUCCAGGAUGCCACGAGCUCCCAGGGAAGGAAGGCUCGAGGCAUCCCAGUAUGGGAUGUGGGACCAAUCCUGGUGAACGGGCCCACUGGGGAGGAGUUGAGGUUCCUGUUGAGGUGGAGGAAGGUUUAGAGUUCCUCAAACCCAAAUGGGGGCUGGGGAAGAAGGAACCGCAGGAGCUGAGGGGCAGAGGAGGCUAAGCUGGGACCUCAAGGAAAGCCUGCCAUGCCGCCAAUGUCAGACCUUGGAGGGGGGUGGUGAGGGCAUGUGAGCACCUCUGCAGAGCACAUGCUGCUGCCUGGAUGUGCAAAAAGGCUUUAGGGACUGACCCCGCCCCUGCUGUUGAGGACAAGGAACCCCUGCUUUGUGGGAGGGGCACAGACCCCGUGGGGUGGGUGGGAGGACUGCUGAUAAGCUGGUGGCACCCUAUUAGCAGCUUGGCCACACCCCCAAUGCAUAGAUGGGGAAGGGGCUUGAACCCAUCCCUCCGUGGCUGCCUGGGUCUUCACACCUGGCCACCAUGUCACGACAAAGUGCGGGGCAGGUGGGGAUGGGACCUCUCUGGCCUCAUGAGGUCCUCCCAAUCGCCUGCCACCGAGGUCAGGCCAGGUGGUGGGAGGUGAUGUCACCUGGCUGCCCAGCUGGGGACUGAGCAGGCUGUGGGACAGAGGGAGCAAACUCCAGAGGAAGGGAUGAGGGCAGGGCUGGCAGCCAGCCAAGGCCGGCUCCAUGGUCAGCCAGGGUGUCUGGGGGCAGAGGAGGAGGCAGGAGGCAGUCAGCUUGUUAUCUGCAGCUGUGGGCUCUGCCACUCCCAGUCCCAGCAGGCUGACUUCCCUGUGCCGGGUGCAGGACAGGCUGGUGUGUGGGGAGGGGCUGGAGGGGUCCUGAGGCCAAGUGAAUGCUCUCCCUGCCGCACCAGGGCCGCGGGAUAGAGUUGGGACAAGUAGCGACCCACAGACCACAGUCAUUCUUUUAUUCACCCAGCAGACUUUCACUGAGCACUUGAUGUGUGCACAGAAGUGUUCUGAGUGCCAGAGAUACUGAUACAUUUUCUGUCCUCCUAAAUAUACAAGGGAGGCACCGUCUUGUUUGACAGCAGUUGUGAGGGGACAAAAUGUGGGGGCCCACCUCUGGAAGUGACACUGAAGCCCCAGAAUGUAAGAGAGAACCAGGGGCUGGAGUGGCGAGAGGUGAAAAGUGCACUCCGGACAGCAGCGGCAGCCUGCACAAAGGCCUGGAGGCCUGAUGGGCUGGGAGCUUAUGAGGGAUUGGUGGGGUUCAGCACCUCUAGUAAGGGGGAGUGUUGGACCGGAGGGGUGGGCCUGGCUGCAUCUGUAGCCAAGGGCAGGUUAUUUCAUCUCUUUGUGUCUUACUCUCCUCAUCUCUAAAAUGGGGGUAAUAAUAAUCACGGAACGGCCAUCACAGGGUGGUUGUGAAGAUUAAAUGUGGCAUAGAACGUAACUGUUCCAGGCACCCAGGUGCUGAAUAAAUGCCUACUGUUCUUGUAGUUGGUUGAAUCUGUACCAUUAAUUCUCCCUUCCCAGGCAAGACUCCUGACUGUGGCCCAUGGGCCUCUGAGGAGGCAUUGUAAGUCCGCCCAGCUCCCCACUUGCUGUGCUCCCACUCAAUGGGAAGGGAACCAAGGCCUUGUCCAGCCAUCAGCCACAGCCUCUUGACAACACCAGGAUGGAAGUCAAAGGUCAGCUGAUCAGCUCUCCCACCUUCAGUGCCUCAGCUGCCCUGUUUGGAGAGGCUGCCCCCCAGGUGAAGUCAGAGCGUCUGCGGGGGCUGCUCGACCGUCAGCGGACCCUGCAGGAGGCCCUGAGCCUGAAACUUCAGGAGCUACGAAAAGUGUGUCUCCAGGAGGCGGAGCUGACUGGCCAGCUGCCCCCCGAGUGCCCACUGGAGCCUGGUGAACGGCCACAGUUGGUCCGCCGGCGGCCGCCUGCAGCCCGCGCCUACCCUCCACCGCACCCCAAUCCAGCACACCACUCCUUGUGCCCUGCCAAGGCCCCGCAGGAGCUGGCGCUCGAGGCCCUGGAGCGCGAAGUGUCAGUGCAGCAGCAGAUUGCGGCAGCUGCCCGCCGCCUGGCCUUGGCCCCGGAGCUCAGCGCCGAGCAGCGCCGACGUCGGCGCCAGGUCCAGGCAGAUGCUUUGCGGAGGCUGCAUGAGCUGGAGGAGCAGCUCGGGGACGUCCGGGCCCACCUGGGUCUCCCGGGGAUCCCGCCACCCCAGCCCCUGCCGCUGUCCACUGGGGCAGUUAUCGUUGCCCAGGGAGUCUGCCUGGGCACGCGCCUCGCUCAGCUCAGCCAAGAGGACGUAGUCCUGCACUCGGAGAGCAGCUCCCUCUCAGAGUCUGGGGCCAGCCAUGAUAAUGAGGAGCCCCGUGGCUGCUUCCCUCUGGGUGAGCGCCCUUCACCACCGAAGGCCUGGGACCAGCUGCGGGCAGUAUCUGGGGGCAGCCCUGAGCGGCGAGCCCCGUGGAAACCACCCCCGUCAGAUCUUUAUGGGGAUCUGAAGAGCCGGCGGAACUCUGUGGCCAGCCCCACCAGCCCCACACGCUCGCUGCCCAGGAGUGCCUCCAGUUUUGAGGGGCGAAGUGUGCCUGCCACCCCUGUCCUCACCCGGGGCGCUGGCCCCCAGCUCUGCAAACCUGAAGGCCUCCAUUCUCGCCAGUGGUCCGGCAGCCAGGACUCCCAGAUGGGCUUCCCCCGGGCGGACCCUGUCUCCGACCGUGCCUCCCUCUUCGCAGCUCGCACCCGCCGCAGCAAUAGCUCCGAGGCCCUGCUGGUGGACCGGGCAGCUAGUGGGGGAGCUGGCUCCCCGCCUGCACCUCUGGUUCCCCCUGCCACUGGUACCCCAGCCUGCAAGAGCAGUGAGGUGCUAUAUGAGCGCCCCCAACCAACUCCUGCCUUCUCCUCCCGCACGGCUGGCCCCCCAGACCCUCCCCGGGCUGCCCGGCCCAGCUCAGCCGCCCCUGCCUCCCGCGGGGUCCCCCGGCUCCCGCCUAUGUGUGGGGACUUCCUCUUGGACUACUCCCUGGACCGGGGCCUGCCCCGCGGUGGCGGCGGGACAGGCUGGGGGGAGCUGCUGCCCACAGCUGAGGUCCCAGGACCCCUCUCUCGCCGGGAUGGGCUCCUCACCAUGCUCCCAGGCCCACCACCUGUGUAUGCAGCUGACGGCAGCAGCCCCCUCCUCCGCAGCAAGGACCCCCACAGCCGUGCCACCCGCACCAAGCCCUGUGGCCUGCCCCUGGAGGCCGCUGAGGGCCCAGAGGUGCAUCCCAACCCUCUGCUGUGGAUGCCCCCACCCGCCCGUAUCCCCCCAGCUGGUGAGCGCAGCGGCCACAAGAACCUUGCCCUGGAGGGGCUGCGGGACUGGUACAUCCGGAACUCGGGACUGGCCACAGGGCCCCAGCGCCGGCCUGGGCUCCCCCACAUGGGCCCGCAGCACCCGCCCUUCCUCCAUGCCCGCUGCUAUGAGGUGGGCCAGGCGCUGUAUGGGGCCCCCAGCCAGGCGCCACUCCCGCACUCAAGGAGUUUCACGGCGCCCCCUGUCUCCGGCAGGUAUGGGGGGUGCUUUUACUGAUGGGUAGGGGUCUCUUGAGGCAGAUGGCAAAGGUGUCCAGGCCAGGGAGCCAGCUAGUCAUGGUAGCUAAUGACAUGGACCACGAGAGAAGUAGCUGCAGCCUUGGCCCGGGGUCACUGGGCCCUGCCUGACUCGCAUUAGUCCGUGGGGUCUCGGUGGAGGGGUAUCUUGGGUCCUGGUAGCAGCAGUUCUUCACCAAGCUAAUACAAGAAUUUUAAUAUUUGAACAACCAGUGCAUGUCAGCUGAAAAUGAGCCUUGAAACUAGGGUGCUGGGAGGAAGGGACGUCCUGUGCCCCUUGCCUUUUUCUUCCUCUUUUCACCACGCCCCACGCUUGCGAGCCUAAAGGUGCUGUCCUGUGCCUGCCUCCACCUCUUUAACGAGCCUCUUUUCCUCUCUCUUUCUGUGUCUUGUCCGUCUUUUCCUCUCUCCUCUGUCUUCCCACCCUGUCCUCCGGAUUCCUGCUACCCCUUCUAAAGAUACUACGCGGACUUCCUGUACCCCCCGGAGCUGAGCGCUCGUUUAAGUGACCUGACGCUAGAGGGGGAGCAGUCCUCCGGUUCUGACCCCCAGACCCCGGGGACACUGGUCUGACCCCUUCUCAUAUGCCCCUUGUUGGCCUGGGUAUGACUUCAGUCUGGGGAGCACACAGCUGACCUCGCUGAGCCCUGGGGUGUGGCUGCUCUCGGUCCUGGGGGGCACCAAUGUGAUCUUCCAAGGCCCCUGGCUCCCCGUGGGCCCACGAAGGUGUCUGACACCCUGUGUCUCCUCUCACGCUGUGCUGGGGACUGGGGGCCCUCCGCCAGCUUAAAAGAGAGGAGAGGGGAUGAUGUAAUGGGAACUCCAAGCCCCUUCCUCCAUUUCUGUUUACAGUUGUGAUCUAGGUAUUCAUUGUCUUCCCUCAACACUAGACGUUUUAUAAAAAAGGAAACUGUGAUCUCGUCCUGGUUGGGUUCAUUCCUGUCCCCAUGACCAGCCUGUUCCAUUCAGGAGCCCCCUCCACAAAACGAACCAUAUAGGGUCUCAGGGCCCACUUUGGGGCAGCCAGGAGGUUCCGGUGUGAACAGAACUCCCUGCCACUCCCCACUGGGGCAGUUUUUCUUGGGGAGGUGCCCACAUUGGGAAGGAAUGAAGUCUCUGCCCACAUUUGGAAGGACUGAAGUCUGGGUGGGGGGCUUGUGUUCAUUUUCUCUCCCCCAGGGUGCCUGAAGGCGCCCCAGUCCCUGUCUGCCUGUCUGUGCCCGCUGCCUCUGCCCACAGAGUGAGACGACCCAGCCUUUGGCGGCAGCCUCCUCUGCCCCGACUAUCCCCAAUCAGGAGGCCCCGCAGGAGGACCAAAGGGCAGAACCAUUGGGUGGGUUGUGUCCUGGGAUGUGGCGGUGGUGGAACCUGGCGUCUGGUAGAUGCCAAUGAAAUCCUCAAGUGACGUCUCGCCACGGGUUAUGUCACACCUUCCUUGGCUUUCCUUCCAUCCACCACUUUUUAAACAAAUCCACACGAGCUGUGUUUUCUAUGAUACCUGUCUGUGGCUUUCUGGAGCUGGGGGUUCCCCUACCCCCUUUACCUAGUGUUAAACUUUUCUUUUUGUACUAAUGGAUCUGGGCCCAAGACACUACCCACACUGGAAGGGGAUUUCUAUAAUAAAUGUGUAAACUGAACCCA